AUGAAGGCCCGUACAAAAAGAGCCUCUGUUUCGGAAGAUGGAACUCCGAUAAACCAAAGAGUUCCUCGGAGCGUUAUAGUUGAUCCUACGGAAUCAGAGGAAGCGGCGGAAACCGGGACAGAAUCUGGGGCUGAGGAAGACACUAUGAAUCGGAAUCGAAACACAAAGGGGAAGGUAUGUAAAGRAAUCGAGAGUCAAAAUUUGUUGUCAAAAAGAAAYGUAACACUAGGUAACACUGGAGAACUACURUUUUAUGAGAAUUGGUACAAUUGGAGAACUACUGGAUAUAAUGCGUGGUACAACUGGAGAACUACUGUGCUAUAA